AUGAGCUAAAAAUUGUAGCACAGCUCCAGAUUUUAAACUCCUAGUAAGACUAUAAAAAUUUAGGAUUUUUACAAUCCUGAAGCGAGUUAUUCUUCUAAAUUUGAAGAGGGAAUGUUUUUGAAGAUUUAGAUUAAAGAUAUAGAUGAAGAAGGAGGUAGUUAUAAAAUAAAUGGAUAAUAAUAUCCAAAGAUCUUAGGACUUUCUUGUGAUGUGUUUGUAAAUUCAGUGCUAGAAUAGAGAGUUAAAUAUUACAACUAAAGAGUUUUACAAUAGUUAGGUCAACAAAAUGCGAUUGUCCCUAAAGAAGUUACUCUUUUUUUAGCUAAAGAAGAUAAAAUUCAUUUUAGGAUAUUUGAUUGCAUUUAAUAAUAAAAUAAUGCUAAAAGUUCAUAUGAAGGCGGUUAAAUGCAAUAAAAUUAGGAUGCUAAUAUUCAUGAUAUAGAAAGGUAGUUAGGAGAAAAGACUUUAGACUAUUCUUUUUUUCAAUAAUUCUUAAAUGAUAAAUCUUAUAAAUGGAUAUCGUUUCCUAGGUUAGUUCCAUCUAUUGUCUCUUCAGAAAAAAGAAAAAUGGGAUAUAUUAUUGACCCUGAAGAAAAACCUAGUAAAAAGUUACAGCAGUAGAACGGUGAGAGUGUAACUAAAGUUUUAUUUGAGUUUGAAAGGAUUUCAUUAAAGACUCUUUCACCGAUGAAGGUAAAAAUUGAACAAGGAUUAGAACAUUAUCAAGAUCCUCUUGAUGAAAACCACCCUGCACUAUUAAAUAGAAUAACAGAUAUCUUGACUGAUGUCAACUGCUUGAAGGCUUUUAGCAAUUACCAAUUAAUUAGUUGUGAAUAGCAAAACUAAAAUGAAUAGCAACUGAAAUACUAUCAAAAAUGCACUUAAAUUUAAAGCUAUUUGCUUAAUUUGCAAUAAGCUUUAUACAAUAAAUACUCUCAAAUUAUCAGUUCAAACAAGAGCUAAAAUACUCCGAUUAAACCAAACACCAAAAAUGAAAUUGUGCUAGUUUAAUAAAUCUUUAUUUCACCAGAAAAAUAAAAAAUUUAAUCGAUUCAAGCAAGUAAUAACUUGAACAACAAUAAUGACUCUAGAGAGAUAAGAGAGUAAUAAGAAAUAGAUAGAUUUUAAAGGUAAAGCAAUGAAAAUUUUAUAAAUUAAUAAGGCAGAUAGGAAAUGCGUUUAGAAAAUGAUAGUUAACAAAGAAGUAGUAGAAAUUUCUACAAUUAAUAAGCUUCUUCUGGUAAAAAAUAGAAUCAAAUAUAAUUGAAUUUCGAUGUUUAAACUCAAAGCUAUUUGUUUUAGAAUGGAAAUGAUAAUUCUAGCAAAAAAAUAGUCCAACAAGAAGUAAGAAAUUAACAAAUUUAAAAACCAAUUAGUGUGCAAUUAGAAAGAACAAGCUAUGAUGAAAUUUGUGAUGAUCUUUAAAAAAUUUAAUCUGAUGUUGUUUAAAUGUAUGACUAACUGCAUUAGGCUAAGUAUUUAAGGGAUUACAUUUAAUAAUCUCCCAAUUUAGAAGCUGAGUUGAUAAAGCAAAACAUAAAUGAUAAAUAAGAAAAGAAUGAAAAAUUGCAUAAAAUAAUUAAUUAAUACACAGAUAGGAUAAAGCAAAAUAGCAUAAUUGACAGCAAUAUUGAUGUUAGGAUUAAUACUUUAUAAAGUAUUUAAGAAAAAUUGCAAGAAGAAGCUAAAAUAUGCACAGAAGAGCUUGAAAAUCUUCUAAAAAAAGAACAACAACUUGAGAAAAAAGUUAAUAGAAUAAAAUAAAGUAAUGAACUGAUAUAAAUUGAUUUAAAAAAUAUUAAUGAUGCCAAAGAUAAUAUGAAAAAAUUUAAUAUAAAUUUUGAGACAUUGCAAAAUUUUAAAGAUAAAUUCAAGAAAACAGAUUUAAAAACUAAGGAAAUGUAAACAGUAUUUGACAAGAUGUAUGAGCAAAAACUGGAAAAUGUAAAAUUAGAAGAAUACAGAAAUCAACUCAAAAAGCUUAAAAUGAUGAAAGAGGAAUAGAAAAAGGGAUAUAAAAUAUUUUGCGAAGUAGAAAAUCCUUAAGAUGUUUCAGUAAAUUAAUAUGUAAGAAGAUUUAUGAAGGUAAAUGGAACAGAGAUACCUCACAAUUAAUGGAAAAUAGAUAAAGAUUUUUAGCAAGAGCAAAUAGAAGAAGAUGAGGAAAACGAAGAUCAUAUUAAUCACAGCGAUUACAAUAAUAUAAACCAAGACAUUAGUAUAGAAAUUAGAAAGAGAAAUAUUUCAGAAAUAAAUCAAGACCUAAAUAAUAACAACAACAACAAUAAUAAUAAUGACAUUACUUAAUUUUCUGUCCUUUAAAAUUCACAAUAAUACAAUUUCGAGCAGAACAAUUAAAUUUAUUAGGAAAUAAAAGAAAGAAAAUCUGCUAUCAACAAUCUCCUCAAUACAAUUUACAAUUUAUGA